ACCUUCAUUGCUGAUAUUAUCACCACGUUUGAUUAGUCCCGUUUCCAAGGUAACAAGUGAAAAACAAUAAUUAUUUUUGAUUAUUUCCAUAUGGUUUCUAUUUUAUUGCAUCGAAAAAAUACACGUGUUAAAUAUAUUACUUGUGAUCAUGAGUUUUAACGUAGAUGAUCCGCUUGCUGGGAUUUUAAGUGAUGGGAGUGAUGAUAGUUUUUUUGAUGACGAUAUACUAGGUAAAAAGAAACCAGUUAAAAAGAACAUCACUGCAGUAGAAAAAAAAAGUGCUUUAUUUGAUUUAGAUGACACUACCAAGCCUAAACAUAGUGACAUCGUACCAAAGAAAAAGACUGAAGUUUCUGAGAAUGUCAAGGUUUCUACGAAAACAGAGUUUUCUGAGAAAAAUAAACCCGACAACCAGCAGCUAAAGCCUUCAACUUCAUUUAAAUUGUCAGCUAACACUGAAUUAAAGAGAAGCGAUUUGUCCAUUUCGAAAGACUUGUAUGAAGUUAAAGAUACAAAAAAAUCUCCCGUUAAAUCUAAAAUUGGGACAAGUAAUGAGAAAAUUGAUAUUUUAGAUGAUAUCCUUGGAUCGACAAAAACUAACACAGAACAAACAGACAAACGAAAGGGAUCACAAUCUAUAUUAGAUGAUAUUUUAGGGAAGCCUUCAAAAGAACCUAGUCAAGUCACAAAACCUGCGUCUUUAAAAACCCAACAAUAUAACUUAGAUAACAUUUUAAGUAAAAAUGAUUCCAAGGAAACAUUAUCUUCAAAGAAACAAAGCAAACAACCUUUACCAGUAUCUUCAAAUGAAAACGUCCAAAAGAAAACAAAAGCAAGUGAAGAUUGGCUGGGUUUAUUUCAGGAGGAAAAUGAGGAAACGGAAAUGGAUAAUCCUGAUAUGCCUUCAUGGUUAGGUGGUAGCAGUAAUGUAAAGAAGACAACAAUGGAAAAACGCAAUAAAACGGAACCCAAAAAAGAUGUGGACAAAGAGCCUGAUGUAAAUAAGCCUGCAACAAACCAGAAUAAGGAAUCGAUUGGGCUAAAAGAACCGUCAGAUUCCGAUACAUUAAAUGUUAAUGGUAAUUUAGAAAAAACUGCGAUCACAUUUCCUAACAUAGAGGUGCAAAAUGAGAAUGACGUCGCGUCGCAGAGCGCAGCGGUGUUUUUGCAGCAGCAGGAGGCACAGUUAAUGGUGGCGCUGCAAUUGAAAGCACAAGAUGAAAAACUUGCCGCAAUGCAACUUAAGCAGAAGGAGGCACAGCGAGUGCACCGCGAGGCCGCCGCGGCGCAACACACGCAGCUGGAUGCCAUGCUGCAGAAACAAGCCGACCAUAGACUACAGAUGCAAGCUAUUAUAAAUGCACACCAAGAUCGAAUUGCACAACGAAUAAAGGCCCUUUUAGACUCCAAUGAAACAGAACAAGAUGGCGAUAUGAUCGGUGACGGUUAUGAAAAUGUUUCAAAGGAAAAUAGUGAAAGUCCACGCAGCAAAGAAAAGAAACAAUUAUUGCAACUAAUACAGUCACUACAAGAUAAUCACGACAAAGAAGUAGACUUAAUGGAAACGUCUUACAGGAAACAGCUGGCUUUUUUAGAAUUCUCACUUAGUCAAACGGAAGAAAGGAUGAAAGAAGAAAGUGAGAAAGUGGUGAACUUUUACACGGAGAAGAUAAACUGGCUGGAGGAGCAUCACGGACUGUAUAAGAAGUGGACAGAAGAGAACAUGGCAUCAAUUAUUGGACGACAUAAUGAUGAAAAAGAGAUGUUGAGGCAACAGCACAUUGAGAAUGUGAAAGUACUGCAAGAACAUCACACUGCUUUGAUGGAGAAUAUUAAAAACGCUGUAAAACAGGAACAAGUUUUAAUGCGAGACUCGGCGGGAUUCUCAACUGAUAUACAAGAACUGUUGGCAGAUUUUAGAGAUAAUAAAAUAAAAUGUGACCAGUUAGUUGACAAAGUGUCAACGUUAACUGACAAAACACAAACUGAGGUAGAAAGAAGUCUUCAAGUUAGAGAAACACAAAUAAAUGAUAUGAUACAACAAUUGAAGAAGGAGAGAGAAUACUUUGAGAAGGAGAAGAGUGAAACCAAAGAUAUGAUCCAUACGCUGGAAGUGAGGAUAAAGCAAAUGACUGCGACGAUCGAAGAAGAUACAGCAAUAUUGAAACAGAAGAAAAUGGAAUUUGAAUUCGAAAAAGCUACUUUUAGUAAACAAACAGAAUUUGCUAAAAACGUACUGAAGAAACAGGACGAAGAAGUAAAGAUGUUAAAGGAGGAAAUUCAAAAAGAACACAAUGAUAAAAUUUCGAGAAUAGAAGAAGAAAAAUCAAAACUACUUAAAGACAGUUCUCUUGUAGCGAAAGAAAAAGCAACUGUACAGAGUUUAAGAAUGGAGUUAGAGAAGACAAAGGCCGAGCUUGAAGCGCAGAUGGAAAAAAUGUCUGAGGAGAGGUGCAAACUUGCGAGAGAAAAGCAAGACUUACAUAUGGAGGAGCAACGAAUACUGGCAAAGGGUAAGGAUUUCGAUGUACUCUCGAAAGCAGCGUUAGAGAAACAAUCACAGGCCGAGAAAAAGUAUUCGGAAGCCGAAAAGCAACAGAGAAUCUUUGAAGAAAGGAUGCACAAACUGCAAGAACAUUUAGUAUCUCUAAAUUCAAGAGAAAAGCAGAUAGCUAAAGAAAAGAUCGCAUUAUCCCGUGAAAGGAUAAAUCUUCACAACGAUUGGAAGCAAAUGGAGGGUAGACAGCAAUGUUCUCUAUGUCGUUCUAUUCCGAGAACACCGCAAUAUAACUUCGAUGCAGCGUUUUCUAGAAGUUACGAUGCGCCCGCGUCUAGAGAUUACGGAGAAGCGAAUAUGAGCCAUGCGUUUAGCGCAAUAGAGCAGGAAAUGGCUCAUCUCAUGGGAAGGUCGUUCGCUUUGAAACAUGACAGUGUAAUUGAACAAAGGCCGGAUGUAAGGGAGCAUGUUGAUAGUCAUACAGAUACUGUGCCAUCUGAGGCUGGAGCUUUUAAGGAUUACAUGGAUCCAAAGUUUAUGAUGUUACGUCUAGACGUACAGAAGGUGAUACACAAUUUAGGUGGCAAAGGUACAACGAAUAAUUAAAUUUGUAAGGAUUUUGUAAAAUAAAAGACUGAAUUUUAAAAGUAUUAUACUCAUUCAUUUAAUUCACAUUCGACGUUUGUUAGGAUUAAUAUUGACCGCAGUCGCGUCGACGUAACGGAAAUGCUAAAUUGUGAAUACAUGCUAACUUACUUCAUAAAUAUUUCGACGUAAAAAAUAUUACACAAUCUCUUUUAUAUUAAUAAAAUUAUUUAAAAGGUACUAUAACAUACGCAUCUAGAUUUCGUUCAUUAUACCUUGACAUGUGAUGUAAAAAAGAAAAUAAAAAUGUUCUAUGGACGUCAAAUGUUUUGACAAUGACAUCGGCUGUCAAAAUUAAUUUGCCACUAUAGAUUAAAAAAUAAAAUGGUUUACCUAUUUUUGUGGGACUCUAAAUUCUAAAUGUAAUUAAAUGUUUUUUGAUUUACGCAAUAUAUCAAGGUAUAAUGAACAGAUAACAUUAUGAGAUAUUCAACAUAACUUUUGAAUAUACGAUAUAAUGGCUUCAUAUAAAUUAUUAUUAUCAUUUACAAUAUAUUAAAAUAGCAAUCUUAUCUAAAGGACCCCCAGGCAUACGCUCCCAGUCUUUUAUUAAAAUUGCUUUAAGUAGCUAUAAAAGUUUAUGGACGGCCUGGCCUUAUAAUACAUUUAUUUAUAUUUUUAAUUUGUUCAGAUCUUGUAUAUAUUUCAUAUUCCAUGACAGAUUGAUAUUGCACAGUUUAAAAAGUCUAUGUAAUUUUUUUAAUAUAAAUAGGGGGCAACAUACAUAUUUUGUUUAAGUUUAAAAACUCAUAUGGUCAAAAUGCCCAUAAAAAUAUUUUAUGAAAGAAAAUAGGGCUUUAGCAAUUGCUAUUACUAUGAAAAAAUUUAGUACACAAUUUCAUCUGCCAAUUACUAUACAAUCUCUUUAACAGCCAAAUAUUUUUAAACAUAUAAAAUUUGAGAUAAUGAGGAACAGAAUUAAUAUUUAUUGUGUCUAUACAAACAAUAUACUUAAAACAAUAUUUACAUUUGGUUCUAUUGUAAAUGUUUUUAUCUAUCUGUUGCCUUUAUUCUGGUUAGGCACUUAGUAAUUAUAUACUUUAUUAUAUAUUAUUUUAUUGAAUACAAUGCUGGAUUCUAUUUACAUUUAAAAAUGACGAAUUAACCAAAUUUGUAACUAUUAAAUUGGAAUAAAUUGAAUUCAAUUAUACAGAAUUAAAAAAAAAA